UGACAGUUUCCUUCCUUUCGUCGUUUUGUCCACUUGUUUGUUGUUUUUGAGACAGAUUGGUUUUGUUGUGGAUGAAAAUUUAUUCGUUUAAAAAUUAGAUUGAGCAAACGUAAAAUGCAAAUACCGGAUACGGGUCCUACGAGCUACUGCAGGCUCUGCUUCUCCCAGCAAAACGUCACCUGGCUGAUAGAUUCCGAUCAGCACCGGUUGGUACUGCAGAUACAUGAAAAUCUCGGUCUCCAUCUGUCCGCUCAGCAGGACGACUUUCCCUGCGGGAUAUGUCGACUCUGUGCCCUGACGUUGGAAACCUUCGUAGAGUUUCGGGAACGUUCAAAAAGUUGUGAUUUUCUCCUUAGAGCCGAACGGAUGAAAAACUUCGAGAUUGAGAGCUUCGACAUUAAGGAAGAGAUCCUUUCGGAACCGGAAAAGCCUAAUUCGAGUGAUGCAAGGCCUGACGUUGAACCAGCGAAGGAAACAACUUCCAAUCCUAUCGUUCUUUUUGAGGUACCAGUUCCCACGGUUAACGGUGAACCCAACCAAACUCAACAAGCGAAAGUCAACAUCAUAAUAAGCGAAAGUACAAGUCCCUCAGUUCCAUCUCAACCGGAGAUACCGAAAGCUAAAACGAAAAGCAGUAGGAAGAAAUCAAAUCAAAAUAAGCGACAACUGCAUAAAGAUAAAUCUUCAGACGACGAAGGACCAAAAACCAGCCCUGUCCCUCCGACCGACAUUAAGGUUCCUAAGUUUCGGGUAGUCGCUAAAAAACGGCUGCAGUCAGAAAUAAGAAGUGCUAAGCAAAGGGGCAACCUUCGAUUCAGGACCUGUCGACACUGUCAGCAAAUAUUGAACACGAUUGGGGCGCGUAUCGGACAUGAGAGAACGUGCGAAUCCGCCAAAGGGAAACCUACUUCUCCGCCCAGCAACUUCAAGCCGAUUUCGCCCAAAGACAUCCGGAGGCAACUGAGUCUUUACUCGAUUAACGAUUAUGCUACCAAACCCCAACCGAAUAGUGUUGUUCUAAACGCGAAACGGGUUGCUACCAUGCACCAGGCGGGACCCAUAGGUGGCGAUGUUCAAACCACAAGUCCGGAAGAACCGAACGAUAAAGAGUAACAGGAUUCCACGAUUUUCUGACAUGUUUAGUUUAGUUUAUAAUUUUAGCUGUAAGCUGUUGUUUCUAGCUCUUUUUUUAAGACCUUUGAAAAUGGAAGAAGUUAUUUGAAAUUUGUAAUCGAAACUAAGUAGGUAGCUAAGUCAUGCAUGACUUCUACGCACAUGUCAUAUGUCCAAAAUAAAUUCAACUUACUUUGAA